AUGUCUGAUAUUUCUGACUCAGAACAAGUAAGCGAAAAGCCUCCUCAAGUUGUUGAAUCUUCUUCUUCCGAAGAAGAAGAAUCCGAUGACGAUGAUAUCGAUGCUUUAAUCGAAGAAUUACAAUCUAACCACGGUUUAGGUGAUGACGAUGAUGAUUCAGAUGAACAUGCUGCUGCCGGUGAAGCUAGAGUUGUCCCAGAAGAGUUACUACAAACUGAUCCAUCUUAUGGUUUAACUGCCGAUGAAGUCUCUAGAAGAAGAAAGAAGUACGGUCUAAAUCAAAUGUCUGAAGACAACGAAAGUUUAGUUGUUAAAUUCGUUAUGUUCUUCGUCGGUCCAAUUCAAUUCGUUAUGGAAGCUGCUGCUAUUUUAGCUGCUGGUUUAUCCGAUUGGGUCGAUUUUGGUGUUAUCUGUGGUCUAUUGUUAUUAAAUGCUGGUGUUGGUUUCGUUCAAGAAUUCCAAGCUGGUUCUAUUGUCGAAGAAUUGAAGAAAACUUUAGCUAACUCUGCUAUUGUCAUUAGAGAUGGUCAAUUAACUGAAGUUCCAGCUAAUGAAGUUGUUCCAGGUGAUAUCUUACAAUUAGAAGAUGGUACUAUUAUUCCAGCUGAUGGUAGAAUUGUUACUGAAGAUUGUUUCGUUCAAAUCGAUCAAUCUGCUAUUACUGGUGAAUCUUUAGCUGUCGACAAACAUUACGGUGAUCAAACUUUCUCCUCUUCUACUGUUAAGAGAGGUGAAGCUUUCAUGGUUAUUACUGCUACCGGUGACAACACUUUCGUUGGUAGAGCUGCUGCUUUAGUUAACAAAGCUGCUGGUGGUCAAGGUCAUUUCACUGAAGUCUUGAACGGUAUCGGUAUUAUUCUAUUGGUUUUGGUUAUUGUUACUCUAUUAUUGGUCUGGACCGCUUCAUUCUACAGAACUGACGGUAUUGUUAGAAUCUUGAGAUAUACUUUAGGUAUUACCAUUGUCGGUGUCCCAGUUGGUUUACCAGCUGUCGUUACCACCACUAUGGCUGUCGGUGCUGCUUACUUAGCUAAAAAACAAGCUAUUGUCCAAAAAUUAUCUGCUAUUGAAUCCUUGGCUGGUGUCGAAAUCUUAUGUUCCGAUAAGACUGGUACUUUAACCAAGAACAAAUUGUCCUUACAUGAACCAUACACUGUCGAAGGUGUCUCUGCUGAUGACUUAAUGUUAACUGCUUGUUUAGCUGCUUCCAGAAAGAAGAAGGGUUUAGAUGCUAUCGAUAAGGCUUUCUUGAAGUCCUUGGCCCAAUACCCACAAGCUAAGAACGCUUUAACCAAGUACAAGGUUUUGGAAUUCCAUCCUUUCGAUCCUGUUUCCAAGAAGGUUACUGCUGUUGUUGAAUCUCCAGAAGGUGAAAGAAUUAUCUGUGUUAAAGGUGCUCCAUUAUUCGUCUUAAAGACUGUCGAAGAAGAUCAUCCAAUUCCAGAAGAUGUCCAUGAAAACUACGAAAACAAAGUUGCUGAAUUGGCCUCUAGAGGUUUCCGUGCCUUAGGUGUUGCUAGAAAGAGAGGUGAAGGUCAUUGGGAAAUCUUAGGUGUUAUGCCAUGUAUGGAUCCUCCAAGAGAUGAUACCGCUGAAACUGUUACUGAAGCUAGACGUUUAGGUUUAAGAGUCAAGAUGUUAACUGGUGAUGCUGUUGGUAUUGCUAAGGAAACCUGUAGACAAUUAGGAUUAGGUACCAACAUUUACAAUGCUGAAAGAUUAGGUUUAAGUGGUGGUGGUGACAUGCCAGGUUCUGAAUUAGCUGAUUUCGUUGAAAAUGCCGAUGGUUUCGCUGAAGUUUUCCCACAACAUAAAUAUAGAGUUGUUGAAAUCUUACAAAACAGAGGUUACUUGGUUGCUAUGACUGGUGAUGGUGUUAAUGAUGCUCCUUCUUUGAAGAAGGCUGAUACUGGUAUUGCUGUCGAAGGUGCUACUGAUGCUGCUAGAUCUGCUGCUGAUAUUGUUUUCUUAGCUCCUGGUUUAUCUGCUAUUAUUGAUGCUUUGAAGACCUCCAGACAAAUUUUCCACAGAAUGUACUCUUAUGUUGUUUACCGUAUUGCUUUAUCUAUUCAUUUAGAAAUUUUCUUCGGUUUAUGGAUUGCUAUUUUGAACAACUCUUUGAACAUUGAUUUGAUUGUUUUCAUUGCUAUUUUCGCUGAUGUUGCUACUUUGGCCAUUGCUUACGAUAAUGCUCCUUACUCUCAAACUCCAGUCAAAUGGGAUUUACCAAGAUUAUGGGGUAUGUCUGUUGUCUUAGGUGUUAUUUUAGCUAUCGGUUCUUGGAUUGCUUUAACUACCAUGUUCUUACCAAAGGGUGGUAUCAUUCAAAACUUCGGUGCCAUUGAUGGUAUUAUGUUCUUACAAAUCUCUUUGACUGAAAAUUGGUUAAUUUUCAUCACUAGAGCUGUUGGUCCAUUCUGGUCUUCUAUUCCAUCUUGGCAAUUGGCCGGUGCCGUUUUCGGUGUCGAUAUUAUUGCUACUAUGUUUACUUUAUUCGGUUGGUGGUCUCAAAACUGGACCGACAUUGUUACAGUCGUCCGUGUUUGGAUCUGGUCUAUCGGUGUCUUCUGUGUCAUGGGUGGUGCUUACUACGAAAUGUCUACUUCCGAUGCUUUCGACAGAUUAAUGAACGGUAAGUCAUUGAAGGAAGAAAAGAAGUCUAACAGAUCUAUUGAAGAUUUCUUAGCUGCCAUGCAAAGAGUCUCUACUCAACAUGAAAAAGAAACUUAA